AUAAAACAAAUCACACAACUUCACUCCUCGCGUUCCCGCCAAAAAGUCUCCGGUAACGUAAUGAAAAUCACAGCACAGAUACACGAAAUAUUUACGAGCAUAGAGCCAUAGAUUAUACACAUAAAGUAAAAAUGGCUGCGGCGGUCUAACCUUAAACUGUGUUAUUUUAAAUUGUAAUUUCGAAUUUAAAAUACCUUCCUGCAUUUUUUGUCAAAUAACAAGAGUAAAGCUACAUUCUUGUAUAUAGUGAAGCAUGGCUGACGCGGCUGCCAGACAGCUGCAGUAUGAGUACAAGGCCAACUCGAAUCUUGUACUGCAAGCUGAUGUAAGGUUAAUAGAGAGACGUGGUCGAGAUGAAGCGACCGGUGAAGUUUUGUCGCUGUCUGGAAAGCUCACAGGAACUAAGAUGGGUGAUCGAGCUCAACGCACUAAACCAGAUAAAGCUGAGGAGAGAAAGGCUAAGCGUCAAAAACGUGAUGAAGCCUCCUACGAACUCUCUAAAUCAAAAUCCAGUCGUGUGGCUUGGGCUGAUGAUGCUCCAGGCGUUCUAUACCGUCCCAGAGCCCAACACACUAGACAUACCUAUGAACUACUGCUUGCGUUCAUGCAGAGCUCUCUCGGAGACCAGCCAAGGGAUAUAUUAUGCGGCGCUUGUGAUGAGGUACUCUUAGUUCUAAAGAACGAUAAAUUGAAAGAUCCAGAGAAGAAGAAGGAAAUUGAGAUGCUCCUCGGUUCCAUACCAGACGAGAGAUUUGCUUUACUUGUCAAUUUAGGCAAGAAAAUAACAGACUUCAACAUGACCACGGCAACAGAGAGCAACACCGAAAUAGACGAGACAUACGGCAUCAAUGUGCAGUUUGAAGAGUCCUCUGAGGAAGAUGAUGAAGAUGCAUAUGGGGAGGUAAGAGAAGAAGAUAAAGAAGAUGGUGAAGGGUCAGAGAAUGAGAAAGAAAAAGAAUCCAGCGGAGAAGAGGACAGUGAUACAGAGGGGAAGAGGAAUGCCAUUCACACUAAUCUGAGCGAGGAGCAAAUUAACAAACGCCACUCACAGUCUCUGCAUCCGAUGGAUAUAGAUGCUUACUGGCUGCAGAGACGACUGUCCAGACAUUUUCCUGACGCUAUGCUGUCUCAGGCGAAAUCCACGGACGUGCUGAAGGCGCUCGCCGAGGCUGCCGACGACAGAGACCUGGAGAACAGGCUGGUCCUGCUGCUCGGUUACGACUGCUUCGACUUCGUCAAGAUAUUGAACAAGUACAGGUUCAUGAUCCUGUAUUGCACGAAGCUGGCGUCCUCCCAGUCGGAGAGCGAGCGCGUGUCGAUACGUGAGGAGAUGUCCCGGCAGCCUCACCUGCAGAAGAUCCUCGCGCAAUUGGAGACCGGCAAUGGAGAUGAUGAGAAAAUGGAUACUCACUCUGAGGCCCCUCGAAAGAGGCACAAAUCUGAAGCCGAGAGCAGCUCUACAUCUGGGCAGGUAGCGGGUUCUAGGAAGGUGGUGCAGCUCGAGGACCUGGUGUUCGCGGCUGGAUCGCACUUCAUGGCCAACAAGAGGUGCCAGCUGCCACCGGGUUCAUUCAGGAAGCAGCGGAAAGGUUACGAAGAAGUCCACGUGCCGGCUCUGAAACCGAAGCCGUUUGAAGAAAACGAGACACUAGUGCCGAUCGAGAAGCUGCCCAAAUACGUCCAGCCAGCGUUCGAGGGAUUCAAGACCCUGAAUAGAAUACAGAGCCGCAUAUCGAAGCCGGCGCUGGAGUCGGACGAGAAUCUGCUGGUGUGCGCGCCCACCGGGGCCGGCAAGACCAACGUGGCGCUGCUGUGCGUGCUUCGCGAGGUCGGCAAGCACGUCAACGACGACGGCACUGUCAAUGUCAACGACUUCAAGAUGAUAUACGUCGCGCCGAUGCGCUCGCUCGUGCAGGAAAUGGUGGGCAACUUCAGCAAGCGUCUGUCCGCUUACAACAUGAAGGUCUCCGAGUUGACCGGCGACCACCAGCUCACGAGGGAGCAGAUCGAGGCCACGCAGCUCAUCGUGUGCACUCCGGAGAAGUGGGACAUCAUCACCAGGAAGGGCGGUGAGCGCUCCUUCACGAACCUGGUCCGGCUUAUAAUCAUAGACGAGGUCCACUUGUUGCACGACGAGCGCGGGCCCGUGCUGGAGGCGCUGGUGGCGCGGACCCUGCGGACGGUCGAGCAGACUCGGGAGGAGGUGCGGCUCGUGGGCCUAUCCGCCACGCUGCCUAACUACACGGACGUGGCCACCUUCCUGCGCGUACGACCCGAGAAGGGACUCUUCUACUUCGACAACUCCUUCAGACCGGUGGCCCUCGAGCAGCAGUACAUCGGCGUGACGGAGAAGAAGGCUCUCAAGCGGUUCCAGGUGAUGAACGACAUCGUCUACGAGAAGGUGAUGGAGCACGCAGGCAAGAACCAGAUAUUAGUGUUCGUCCACUCGCGCAAGGAGACCGGGAAGACGGCGCGCGCGAUCCGCGACAUGUGCCUCGAGAAGGACACGCUUGGACACUUUUUGAGAGAGGGGUCGGCUAGUAUGGAGGUCCUGCGCACUGAGGCCGAGCAGGUCAAGAACCCUGAGCUGCGGGAGCUGCUGCCGUACAGCUUCGCCAUACAUCACGCCGGCAUGAGCAGGGUGGACAGGACGCUGGUCGAGGAUCUGUUCGCUGAUAGGCACAUACAGGUGCUGGUGUCGACGGCGACCUUAGCGUGGGGCGUGAACCUGCCCGCGCACACCGUCAUCGUGAAGGGCACGCAGGUGUACUGCCCCGAGAAGGGCCGCUGGACAGAGCUGGGCGCGCUCGACGUGCUGCAGAUGCUAGGCCGCGCCGGGAGACCGCAGUACGACACCAAGGGAGAAGGCAUCCUGAUAACGAACCACUCGGAGCUGCAGUACUACCUGUCGCUGCUGAACCAGCAGCUGCCCAUAGAGUCGCAGCUGGUGAGCAAGUUGCCGGACAUGCUGAACGCGGAGAUCGUGCUGGGCUCGGUGCAGAGCGUCCGGGACGCCGUCACGUGGCUGGGCUACACGUAUCUAUACAUCCGCAUGCUGAGGCAGCCGGCGCUGUACGGAGUCUCCCCGGAGAAGAUGCAGGACGACAAUCUGCUGGAACUGCACCGUGCCGACCUGGUGCACACCGCCGCCAGUCUACUGGACAAGGCCGGCCUGAUCAAAUACGAGAAGAAGUCCGGCCACUUCCAGCCGACGGAGCUGGGCCGCAUCGCCUCGCACUUCUACUGCACGUACGAGACGAUGCAGUCGUACAACCAGCUGCUGAAGCCGACGCUCGGCGAGAUCGAGCUGUUCCGCGUGUUCUCGCUCUCCGCCGAGUUCAAGCACAUCGCCGUCCGCGAGGAGGAGAAGCUGGAGCUGCAUAAGCUCAUGGAGAGGGUGCCGAUCCCUAUAAAGGAGAGCAUAGAGGAGUCCUCGGCGAAGAUCAACGUGCUGCUGCAGGCGUACAUCUCGCAGCUGAAGCUCGAGGGGUUCGCGCUGAUGGCGGACAUGGUGUACGUCACGCAGUCCGCCUGCAGGCUGCUCAGGGCCAUCUUCGAGAUUGUACUGUACAGAGGCUGGGCGCAGCUGGUGGACAAAACACUGGCGCUGUGCAAGAUGGUGGACAGAAGGAUGUGGCAGUCCAUGUCGCCGUUGAGACAGUUUAAGAAGAUACCCGAAGAGGUCAUAAAGAAACUCGAGAAGAAGAACUUCCCGUGGGAGAAGCUGUACGAGCUGGGCCCCAACGAGAUCGGCGAGCUGGUCCGCGCUCCGAAGCUGGGCAAGAUGCUGCACAAGUACGUGCACCAGUUCCCGAAGCUGGAGCUCGCGACGCACAUCCAGCCCAUCACCAGGUCGACGCUCAGGGUCGAGCUCACCAUCACGCCGGACUUCCAUUGGGACGAGAAAAUCCACGGACAGUCGGAGGCGUUCUGGAUCCUGGUGGAGGACGUGGACUCUGAGGUGAUCCUCCACCACGAGUAUUUCCUGCUCAAGCAGAAGUACUGCAAGGACGAGCACCAGGUGAAGCUGUUCGUGCCGGUCUUCGAGCCCCUGCCUCCUCAGUACUUCCUGAGGGUCGUGUCCGAUAGAUGGAUAGCAGCGGAGACGCAGCUUCCGGUGUCGUUCCGGCACCUCAUCCUGCCCGAGAAGAACUUCCCGCCGACCGAGCUGCUGGACCUGCAGCCGCUGCCCAUCUCGGCACUCCGGAAUGCCAAGUACGAGGAGCUGUACAACGACACCUUCCCGCAGUUCAACCCGGUGCAGACGCAGGUGUUCAACGCAGUGUACAACUCUGACGACAACGUGUUCGUGGGUGCGCCGUCGGGCUCGGGCAAGUCGCUGGUUGCGGAGCUGGCGCUGCUGCGGAUGCUGUCCCGGGACGCGGGCGGGCGCGCCGUGUACCUGCUGCCCAAGGACGCGCUGGCGGACAUCGUGUUCGCGCACUGCUACCACAAGUUCGGGACCAAGUUCAAUCUUAAGGUGGUCCAGCUGACCGGCGAGACUGCUACGGACCACAAGCUGCUCAACAAAGGCCAGAUCAUCAUAACGACGGCCGAUAAGUGGGACAUACUCUCCCGGAGAUGGAAAGUACGCAAGAGCGUCCAGAGCGUGUCGCUGCUGAUCGCGGACGCGCUGCAGCUGCUGGGCGGCGAGGAGGGGCCGGUCGUGGAGGUGGUCUGCUCUAGGAUGAGGUACAUCGCCUCUCAGACAGGGAAGCCGAUCCGUAUAGUGGCCCUGUCGCUACCGCUGGCCGACGCCCGCGACGUUGCCCAGUGGCUCGGCUGCAACGCGAAUGCCACCUUCAAUUUCCACCCUAGCGUCAGAUCCCUCCCACUAGAGUUGCACAUCCAGGGCUUCAACAUAUCGCACGCGCCGACCCGGCUGACGGCCAUGACGAAGCCCAUCUACAACGCGAUCCGGCGGCACGCGGGCACCCGCCCCUGCGCAGUGUUCGUGAGCUCGCGCCGCGCCGCCCGCCUGCUCGCCGCCGACCUGCUGGCGCUGGCGGCCGCGCGCGCAGCCCCCGCCGCCUUCCUGCACGCCUCGCGCGACCUGCUCGCGCCCUUCCUCGACGCCGUGCAGGACAAGAUGCUGAAGGAGACGCUGUCCGCGGGCGUGGCGUACCUGCACGCGGGCGUGUCCGCCGGCGACCGGCGCGUGGUGCAGCAGCUGGUAGAGUGCGGCGCCGCGCAGCUGUGCGUGGUCGCCGCCGAGCUGGCCUGGAGCUUCGCCGCGCACGUGCACACCGUCAUCGUGGCCGACACGUGCACGUACAACGGCAAGCUGCACUCGUACGAGCAGUACCCGAUAACGACGGUGCUGCAGAUGAUCGGGCGCGCGUGCCGCCCGCUGGAGGACGACCACUCGGUGGCGGUGCUCAUGUGCGCCGCGCACCACAAGACCUUCUUCACCAAGUUGCUCAACGACUGUCUGCCGCUGGAGAGUCACUUGGACCACAGACUCCACGAUCACAUGAACGCCGAGAUAGUGACGAAGACCAUAGAGAACAAGCAAGACGCCGUCGACUACUUGACCUGGACAUUCCUGUACCGGCGGCUCACGCAGAACCCCAACUACUACAACUUACAGGGGGUCACGCACAGGCACCUGUCGGACCACCUCUCCGAGCUGGUGGAGACUACGCUGACGGAUCUUGAGCAGUCCAAGUGCAUCGCGAUAGAGGAUGAAAUGGAUGUCCAGCCACUGAACUUGGGGAUGAUAGCCUCAUACUACUAUAUCAACUAUACGACCAUAGAACUGUUUAGUUUGUCUCUGACGAGCAAAACGAAGAUCCGCGGCCUGCUCGAGAUAAUAUCGUCGGCGGCCGAGUACUCGGACCUCUGCAUCCGACACCGGGAGGAGAACAUCAUCAAAUCUCUCGCCUCCAAGGUCCCGCACAAGCCGACGGCCCCGUCUGGCGGCGCCGUGCGGCACAACGACCCGCACGUGAAGGCGCACGUGCUGCUCCAGGCGCACCUCUCCAGGAUGCAACUACCCGCCGAGCUGCAGGCCGACACCGCGCUCGUGCUCACCAAGGCGCUUCGGCUGAUCCAGGCGUGCGUGGACGUGGUGUCCAGCAGCGGGUGGCUGGCGCCCGCCGUGGCCGCCAUGGAGCUAGCCCAGAUGGUGACGCAGGCCAUGUGGGCCAAGGACUCGUACCUAAGGCAGCUGCCGCACUUCACGCCCGAGCUGGUGCAACGCUGCGCUGACAAGGGCGUGGAGACCGUGUUCGACGUGAUGGAGCUGGAGGACACCGCCAGAGCCAAGCUGCUGCAGCUGUCUCCCGCCGAGAUGGCAGACGUGGCGCGCUUCUGUAACCGGUACCCCAACGUGGAGCUCAACUAUGAGGUGAAGAACGAGCGCCACCUGCGCGCCGGGAAGCCGAUCGUGGUGGAGGUUUCGCUGGAGAGGGAGGACGACGUCCUCGGCCCGGUCAUAGCGCCCUUCUUCCCCCAGAAACGCGAGGAGGGCUGGUGGGUCGUGAUCGGAGACCCCAAGAGCAACACGCUGCUCUCCAUCAAGCGGGUGUCGCUGGCCAGGAGCGCCAAGGUCCGGCUGGACUUCGUGUGUGGCGGCGCGGGGCGGCACACGUACACCCUGUACUUCAUGUCCGACGCGUACCUAGGUGCCGACCAGGAGUACAAGUUCAACGUUGAGGUGGCAGACGCGGCGUCCGACUCCAGCGAGGACUCGGACCAGUACGGCUGACCUCAUCCGACCUGACCCGACCUUCGUAUAGUAUAAUAAGUGAUAAUAAAGCUGUGGAAAUUGU